AUGUCAGCUGCUAAUAAGCUGAACGAAGAAAUUCCUGGGACACCAAGUCUCCCCCAGGAUUGCUUGGACAGCCCCUGGAAACAGCAGGUUUUGUUCCUGGAAGGCCUGAUCGAGUUCCUGGGAUCACUGAUGGGUCUCCUGGGAUCAUUGAUGGGUCUCCUGGGAUCACCGAUGGAUCUCUCACCGAGCGCGUUCGGCGAUAUAGGUUGUCUUGGGAUAGAAAAAACUUUGGCAUGUCGCAGGAAACUGCUUAUCCGACGAAACAUAUUGUCGUGGGAUAGGAGAAACCGUGGUCUAUCGCAGGAAACUGCUUGUCCGACGAAGCAGAUCAUCUUGGGAUAG